AUCCUCGAUUUCCUUCUUCCUCUUUCCACUCAGCUACCUCCGUCUUCCAAACUCACCACAGUCACUCAUUCACUCAUUCGUUUAACAAGACACUCCUUUAGUUCUUCUUCCAUCCACAUCAUCAACAUGCGUAUCUCUCUCCUCUACGCCGUCUUCGGCACCGCCAUCUUCUGUUCCGCCGCCGCUAUUCCGGCCACGAACACUCUCGCGCUUCAGCAGAGAGAUCUCCUUCCUGGCGGCCUUCUCAGCCCAUCUAACAGCGGCGGCAACGGCAACACGGCCAAGGCCAAGGGCAACGGUGAUGGCGACCGAGCCGGCAAUGGCAGUGGUUCCAAGGACGGCAACGGAUCGGGCUCCCACAACGCCGCCGGCAACGGGUCGAACUCUCACAACACCGCUGGCAACGGAUCUGGUUCCAAGGAUGGCAAUGGUGGCAACGGCAACAAGGUCGACGGAGAUGGAGACAAGAAUGGUGGUAAUGGGUCUUCCGAUGGUGGUAAUGGAUCUUCCGAUGGCGGCAACGGGUCUUCGGACGGCAACGGAGCUGGCUCCAAGGAUGGCAAUGGUGCAGGCUCCAAGGAUGGCAACGGAAACAAGGCCGGCAAUGGCAACAAGGCAGGCAAUGGCAACAAGGCUGGCAACGGCGACAGCGCCGGAAACGGCAGCCAGGACGGCAAUGGCAGCCACAACUCCGUCAGCCACAGCGGCAACAACAGCGGCAACCUCAACGUGAGUCUCCCCAUCUUCCUUUUCCCACCCCUCCCGCCGGACGUCAUUCUGAUAGCCUCGCCGAUUGCACCCACGAUCCCCAUUACCAUCCUGAGAUAGUGAACGGAUAGAGCUGAUGCCUCGGGCAGCUGUAAACGGUGAGAGCCGGCUCUCAAGUACGCCGUGCCAAUCGAGUAUCCCGCCUAGCACAGCCCGAGUGUCUUGACGAGCACGAUGACCAUCUGCAUAUUGUCGCAAGACGGGAGUUUCUCUGAGAUUAGAGGGAUGUUUGGGGUUGGACUUUGCUGGUUUCCAAGCAGAGGAUUAACUUGAUAAUCGAUACAUCAAUAUUUUCAAUAGGUUUUCGAUCGAUCGACCCACAGAGUCAUAAAUAUUGCUUCUUCUCGGUGAUGUUGAUC